CAAACUUCUACCCUUCAGUGAAAAUCAGAUCCUCCAUGGCACCAAUAAGCGGGGAAACCAUUGGCUCAAACCCUAACAAUCCCAACAAAGCAGCCCACUGCAAGCCCCGGCUUCCAAUAGAAAAUCUCCAGAGAACAAUCUCCGAUAUCUCAUUUGAGCUGACCAAAGUAGCCAUUGACACAGACUCUCUUCCGGGCAUUACGGAGGUGGAGGAAGCCACGUGUGAGUGCUGUGGCAUGUGUGAAGAGUGCACAGCCGAGUACGUGAAUCAAGUGCGAGAAAAGUUUUCAGGAAAAAUGUUAUGUGGGUUGUGUUCAGAGGCUGUGAACGGGGAGAUGGAGAAGAACGGAGGGAGAAGAGAAGAGGCUUUGAACAAUCACAUGAGCGCCUGUGUGAGGUUUAACAGAUUUGGGAGGGCAAAUCCGGUGCUGUUCCAAGCUGAGGCGAUGAGAGAGAUGUUGAGGCGUUCAAAGAUCAGGGCUAAGUCUAUGAGCCCUAGGGAGAAGGGUGGCCAGAAAAAAGGAGCCAUUGCAAGGAGCUCCAGUUGUAUAUCGACAAUCACGAAGGACUGGUCAAUUCAGAUGCCGAAAUAGUUAUGAAUUUCUGUGUUGCUUCAGUAUAAUUUCAAUUGUCAUUGCUUCCUAUACUUGCAAUCUAUCCUUACCAGUUGCUUUAUAUGUAUAAUACAAGAACUGUAUUUCUUAAUUUCCCUUGCAUGAUACUGACGUACGCAUGAUAUUUUUCAUACGUUCGGCACAGUAUAUAAUUCAUAUAUAUAAAUGCAGUGUACAGAUUCCCAGUAUUCAAA